AUGGCUAUAAACUUUUAUGGGAAACACAAAAUGGCCGGUGUCAACGAGUGUUUCUCCAUCGGCAGCGUCGUCAUGUGCACCAACUGCUUCGACGAGGAGAUCGAGGGCGAGGUCCUCGGGUUCGAGCCCACCACGAAAAUGCUAAUACUGAAAUGUCAAUCUACUAAUAAUAACCCAUUGUUAAGCAACAUCAACAUAGUGAACUUAGCGUUUGCCAAAGAUGUACAAGUCAAAAAGGAGUCCAGUUUCAAUCCACCACCUUUGCCUUCGUUAAAUUUAAAUAGGUUAAAUAAUAGGAUAAAAACUCAAAUACAAGAUAAGAAACGUCAAAUAUCAGCUAUGUCUGCCAAUGUUUCCCCUGAGGCACAAAAAUUGUAUUUGACUAUAACUAAAACGAUUCCAGAAGUAACUUGGCAAGGGCAGAAUAUUGUCGUAUAUGAUCAAGUGAUAAUUAGCCCACCUUACAAGGCUGAUAAUGUCAAAGGCACUGGAAACCAAGAGGACAAAGCUAUUUUGUACAUAAAGAAUAUUGUGGAAAAAUUUGUUAAAGACACAGCUUCUCAACAAGUUUCAUCCACACCAAUAACCCAUCGGAGCAAGCCAGCUGCUGCUACUGCGGCAGCGCCACAGCCACAAUAA